AUGCUCGGUCGAUCAAAAACUAGAAAUACAGGAUCCGAAGCGCAGGAGCCUUUGCUGGGCAGAGGAGACGAGGAUGAGCACGCAGACGUCGUGUUUGCGAUAGACGAUGAUGAGGAAGAGUCGACUGCGUUCAGGGACAGAGAUAGGGAUAUGGGCGGUAGUAGGAGUCCGCAGGUCGGAGCAACAAGCUUCAUCGCGCCAACGCUAAGGUCCACAACCCAGAGUAGGGAAGCAGAAUUUGAACUCGAUUCGGACGAGUUGAACCCAAACGAUGAAGUGACCUCUAUCCCAGCUUCGCAACGAAUGCCGCUUUUGGUUGGGCUCGCAGAUGCAGUAGAAGUUCGACGAAAUCCAGAUCUACCACUCCAUACCUUUUCGAACGGUCAGCCCGGCCAGACAAUGGUCAACGGUCGCAUUGUGUUCGAUAACGACGACCCUGCGGAACGCGUGGACAUCGCGGAACUUGCUGCGCGACAGCACAAGGGCGGGAACAUGCUCGACUCGAUGUUUAACAUGGCCAACUCCAUUUUAGGUGCUGGUAUCAUUGGGCUACCAUAUGCGGUUAGCCAAGCAGGCUUUGUGACUGGAAUUCUCCUACUCGUAAUUCUAGCAGGCGUGACAGACUGGACCAUUCGACUGAUCGUACGAAAUGCCAAGUUAAGCGGACGAACAUCCUACAUCGAUAUCAUGGGACACUGUUACGGAUCGAGCGGACGCGCCGCGGUCUCGUUUUUCCAAUUUGCGUUUGCGUUUGGAGGGAUGUGCGCGUUUGGGAUAAUUAUCGGUGAUACUAUUCCACAUGUGAUACGGUCGAUCUUCCCGACGCUUAGCACGGUUCCUGUGCUCUCGAUACUAACGAACAGGAACUUUGUCGUUAUUUUGUGCACUGCGUGCAUUUCAUAUCCGUUAUCUCUCUAUCGGUCAAUCGCUUCGCUUGCAAAAGCGAGUACGUUUGCACUGAUUGGAAUGCUCACGAUCGUCGGGACAGUUUUAUUUGAAGAAGGACGUGUCUCGGCGGAUCUGAAAGGAUCGCAGGCACCGUCGAUCAAGUACUCUUUCAUUCAACCACAGAUCUUCCAGGCUAUCGGAGUAAUCAGUUUUGCGUUUGUAUGUCACCACAAUAGCCUAUUGAUCUACGGGAGUAUGCGUACUCCGACGAUGGACCGAUUCGACCAAGUGACGCACGUCGCUGCGGGACUAUCGCUUGUCGCAUGUCUGACGAUGGCUAUUCCGGCAUUUCUCGUAUUCACGGACCGAACGCAGGGCAAUGUAUUGAAUAACUUUCCUCAGGACGAUGCGGUGAUUAACAUUGCGCGGUUUUGUUUUGGUGCGAAUAUGGUGACAACAACCCCGAUGGAGUUGAUGGUGUGCCGAGAGGUGAUUGAAGAGUACUUUUUCGCGCAUGAGGCGUUUGAUCAGACCCGGCACGUGCUAUUCACUACGUCAAUCUUAUUUGCGUCGAUGGCCGUGGCCCUGGUGACGUGUGAUCUCGGGGUGAUGCUUGAGAUUACAGGGGGCGCGAGCGCUACGGCGUUGGCAUUUGUGUUCCCAGCACUAUGCUACAUCAAACUGCUCCCUGCCCGAGAGCCGUGGAACGGGCGUGCCAAGCUUCCUGCGGUGUUGUGCGCUGGAUUUGGGAUACUCGUGUUGGUACUGAGCGUGGGACUUGCACUGCAAAAAGCUUGGGGUCCAGAGGGUGCGACAAGGUUAUGUGCAUAG